AUGGCCCCCGACCUCCCACCCGACCGCCGCCCAAUUGUCAUCUCAGGCCCCUCGGGCGUGGGAAAGGGCACGCUGUUCAAGAUGCUCUUCGCCCAGCACCCGGACACCUUCACCCUCUCGGUCAGCCACACGACGCGGGCCCCGCGCGCAGGCGAGCAGCACGCCGUCGACUACCACUUCGUCAGCCACGAGGACUUCGAAAGGCUAAUCGCCGAGGACGGCUUCGUCGAGCACGCCAAGUUCGGCGGCAACCGCUACGGCACGUCCAAGUCCACCAUCCGCGAGCAGAGCGAGAAGGGCAAGGUCGUCGUGCUGGACAUCGAGAUGGAGGGGAUCAAGCAGAUCAAGGCCAGCGACAUCUCCGCGCGCUUUGUCUUUGUCGCCCCGCCGAACGAGGACGAGCUCGAGAAGCGCCUCAGGGGCCGCGGCACGGAGAAGGAGGAGAGCAUCCAGAAGAGACUCACCCAGGCAAAGUUGGAGCUCGAGUACUCCAAGACCCCAGGGGUCCAUGACAUAAUUAUUGUCAACGAUAACCUCGACAAGGCAUACAAAGAGCUGGAGGAAUAUGUCUACAAGCCUCUCGACUCGUAG